AUCAUUCCCGAGGAGGAGUGGGGGGGAGCCGGGUAACGCCAUUUUCACGCACCGCGCAGUCAGUCAGUCCUCCAGCCCGCGGACCAGCGAGCUGUCAUCUCCAUGGGCGACCGCUCAACUUUUUAGCCGCCUGUCGAGCUCGAUUCCCGGACCCGUUCCCGCCAUGGCGCCGCAGGAGGAGCGGCUCGGACUAACGCCAGUGUCCUGACAGGUCUGAGCUAAGCUAUGCGGCUAGCUGCUCAUCACUGACGGCGGUUUGGAAACUGUGUUUUAUAACUUAAAUACUUUACAGCACUACCGACGACGGCUGUCAGCCACCUCCACCUUCAAAAAGACGUGAUUUAAAGGCUGAAAAGCGGCGAGGACAGCGGGCGGUUCAUCGGGACGCGGCGGCGACGGAUGUCCUAGAGAACGAAUGCGUGAGGACAUGUCCACCAUGGUGUGCGUGAAGGAGGAGGAGGACCCCGGCGAGAAGCUGUCCCAGGAUGAGAUCAUCUCCCGGACCAAGCAGGUGAUCCAGGGGCUGGAGGCCCUGAAGCAGGAGCACCACUCCAUCCUGGACGGUCUGCUGGGCACGCUGCGCUGCCUGAAGCAGGACGAGGAGGGCGUCCUGGUGGAGGAGAAGUCCCACAUGAUCCGCAAGUCCCUGGAGAUGUUGGAGCUGGGGCUGAGCGAGGCACAGGUGAUGAUGGCGCUGUCGAGCCACCUGAGCUCGGUGGAGUCGGAGAAGCAGAAGCUGCGGGCUCAGGUGCGCCGGCUCUGCCAGGAGAACCAGUGGCUGAGGGACGAGCUGGCCGGGACGCAGCAGAAACUGCAGAAGAGCGAGCAGAGCGUGGCCCAGCUGGAGGAGGAGAAGAAGCACCUGGAGUUCAUGAACCAGCUGAAGAAGUACGACGAGGACUUGUCCCCAUCUGAGGAGAAGGACUCUGACUCGAGUAAAGAGACUCUGGACGAUCUUUUCCCAGACGACCAGGACGACCAGGCCCCGGGCAUCCAGCCGAGUCACGGCAGUGCUGCAGCAGCUGCCGCUCAGCAGGGAGGCUACGAGAUCCCGGCCCGUCUGAGGACCCUCCACAACCUGGUGAUCCAGUACGCCUCUCAGGGCAGGUACGAGGUGGCUGUGCCCCUCUGCAAACAGGCCCUGGAAGACCUGGAGAAGACCUCUGGACACGACCACCCAGAUGUGGCCACCAUGCUCAACAUCCUCGCCCUUGUUUACAGGGAUCAGAACAAAUACAAGGAGGCAGCCAACCUGCUGAACGACGCGCUGGCCAUCAGGGAGAAGACUCUAGGCAGGGACCAUCCAGCUGUCGCCGCCACCCUCAACAACCUGGCUGUCCUGUACGGGAAGAGAGGGAAGUACAAGGAAGCAGAGCCGCUGUGCAAGAGAGCGCUGGAGAUCAGAGAAAAGGUGCUGGGGAAGGACCACCCAGAUGUGGCCAAGCAGCUGAACAACCUGGCCCUGCUGUGUCAGAACCAGGGCAAGUACGACGAGGUGGAAUACUACUACAUGAGAGCGCUGGAGAUCUACCAGACCAAACUGGGCCCGGACGACCCCAACGUGGCCAAGACCAAGAACAACCUGGCGUCUUGUUACCUGAAACAGGGCAAGUUCAAGCAGGCUGAAACUCUGUAUAAAGAAAUCCUCACCCGCGCACACGAGAGGGAGUUCGGCUCCGUCGACGAUGAGAACAAACCGAUAUGGAUGCAUGCUGAGGAGAGAGAGGAACAAAGCAAGGGGAAGCAGAAGGACGGCUCGCCGUUUGGAGAAUAUGGAGGCUGGUACAAAGCCUGUAAAGUCGACAGCCCCACAGUGACCACCACCCUGAAGAACCUGGGUGCCCUCUACAGGCGGCAGGGCAAGUUCGAGGCGGCCGAGACGCUGGAGGAAGCCGCCAUGCGCUCCAGAAAGCAGGGUCUGGACACCGUUCAUAAGCAGCGCGUGGCGGAGGUCCUGAGCGAGCCCGAGGCCCGCGAGAAGCAGCGAAGCCGCGAGAGUUUGACCUCCGACACGGUGAAAUACGAGAGCGGGCCAGACGGUGGCGAGGAAGUGAGUAUGAGCGUGGAGUGGAACGGGGACGGCUCCGGCUCUCUGAAGAGGAGCGGCUCCUUCAGUAAACUGCGAGCGUCGAUACGCCGCAGCAGCGAGAAACUGGUCCGCAAGCUGAAAGGCGGCGGCUCGCCCCGAGACAGCGAGCCCAAAAACCCCGGCAUGAAGCGAGCCAGCUCUCUGGGGGUUCUUAACGUGCCGGACAAGGCUGCGAGUGACCACUACCAAGAACGAAAUAAUCGUCUGAAGAAGAGUCGGGACCUGAGUGCCAGCCACACUAACCUGGCGCGUUGAAGGUUUUUUAUUCGACGGAGAGUGACCCGAGAGGUCGCAGAGGUCACGAGAAUCCUGUGGCCGUAAACGUGUGUGAAAGCUUCAUCAGUGCUCACUGUACAGGUUUCAAUGUUUCACUGCACUUUGGAAGGUUUGUGGUGUUUUCUUAAUCAAACAUAUCGAGGAACAAGAGAAACAUGAACAUACUGCUGUAUGUUUGAGAUCCGAGUGUGUACAUCUAUUUUUGUAUGUGCGUGUACUGUAUGUAAGUCCUGUUUAAUAUUUAAUGCUAUCUGAAGGCAGACUCAGAGCGCAGCUUCAGUCUUACAAACAUUUCUCCUUUAACUCAGUUAAACUGAAGCGGGUGAAGCCAAAAAAAUACAGAGAUCCAGUUCACAGACCAAGCGUCCACGCUCUUAACCCUGCAUAACUUUAAGCCUUAAUAUAAUGUGAACAGGUGAGUUGUAUAUAAAUUCACCCUCAGUACAGUUGUCAUGAACGGGGAAAUUAGCUACAGAGACCAAAACUGUUUUUUGUACCAGGCUGUAAACAUGUUUAUUUCUGCUGUGAAGUUGGACAUUACGGCCAAAACCCGACUGUGCACAAGCGCCACCUACUGUUUAUCUCCCAACACUAAACAUUCACACAGCAGUCGUGGAAGGAAACACAAUUAUUUUCUCGAGCUGAUUUUCUGGAAGUUGUUCCUCGUUUGAACACGUCGUAGAAAAGUCUUCGUCUGUGAUCAGAGAUCCAAUGAUCAGCUGUUACGUUCAUUUUAGUUUUUUGGCGUCGCCUGCUGAGUUUUAACUGCAGCUCUGCCUCUUUGGAAAUGUUUGAAUGACUUAAACUAGCGACUCUGCAGAGAACUCGUCCAGCGAUGACGUCUUCUCGUAGGCCGACCUGGACGUUAGCUCAGCUUAGCUCCGCGUUCACUCUGCAGAUUUCCAAAGGAAGUUCUGAACUGAAGAAAAUAAGAUUCAUGACAUGAGUCCACGUCAUUUUCUGCAUUCAUUCACCUUGAACACAAACUGUUGGAAACCCGUUCGACAUCUCAAACGCUCUUCAGAACUUUGUUCCUAAAAUGUUCCGUCCUGUGUCGAUUGAAGAUUUUUGCUUUUUGAUGUUGAAGUUUGAAGUUUACAUUUUGGGGUUUUGUAAAUGGACUUUUGUUUCUGUGCUUCGCUGCUCUUUCUUUCUGUAAAAAGCCUCGAGGUUAGUCGAGGCGCGACGAUGACUUUUUAUGGCACAUGAAGGCCAACCGACACGUUCUCAGGACCGAGGCGGGAGUUUCACACUUUUACACAUUGACGCCUUUUUUAUUUUCAACGGUCGGAGAAAUGUUACAACAUAUUUUAUUUACUUCUUUUAGUCGAGACAACACUUUACCACGUCAGUAAAGUUGGACACAUCCAACCAAAAAGUACCAAUUAUGAAUUAUUUAAAACUAGUUACAGUUAUUUCCUGAGAUUUAAGCUGCAAAUGUAAAAUGUAUAUUUGCUAUUACCAAAAUAAGACGGGGUAUUUCUCUUAUAACUAGUGUUAGUAACAAAUAUAUACUUUAUCUGACCUGACACAGAUUUUAAUUUAAGGAUGUAAACGUGGACAGCAGACAGCAAACUCAAAUAACUCUGCAAACUUAUGAAUAAUAGUCUGACACGCUUUGGUUGAAGUUCCUGGUUUUCUUGAUUUAUUAAAUGAAGUUCACGCUGCAGACAUGCUCUUCUUUUUUAAAGGGAACUAACUAAGUAAUGCAUAUUUAUCAUCUUAUACUGGUGACAAGCUUGAAUUAAAACACACUUUUAAUUUACAGCCCCAUCGAUCGAUCAGCGAUCGAGAGUUUAUUUAGUGAAAAAAUUAAAAUUAUUGGACCAGAUUUAUGGUAUCAUUUGAAAAUGUUUGAUAGCAAUACUAAAAACCUGUUAUGGUACCUUAAAUACACUAAAUAUAAACAUAUAAUAAAAUAAACACACUCAUCUCUCAUUCAACUGUCCAAAAACUUUAAUUAAAAUUUCUGAUUGAGGAGUACGGCUGCACAUAAAUAUCUUAAUUCAUUAAUUAAUCAAUAUUAAUUAGUUCUUUUAAACAUCAGAUCAGGUCACAGUUUCCCAAUCUGAAUUCUUUAGUUCAUGUUGUCAGUCAAUGAUUAAUUAAUUAAUAAUUAACGACCGGUCAUGAGGAGAUCUGAGCUGGAAACACUGAACAGAUCGAUUAAAUUAUAAAUCUGUAAUUAUAUUAAAGGUCGUUUUUCAUGAACAGGGCUGUGCAAUAAACGUUUGUUUGACUCCAUGUUAAUUAAUUCAUAUCCGAUAAUUCACAUGAAGGCUUUUAUUAAAAACAUUAUACUAAACAUAAAUGUAGGUCAAAUAUUUAAACCACGCCCUGACGUAUAAAUGUAAAAUCUGAAAACUUCUGUGCCGGCAAUAAUUUAGUCAAAGUGAUUUUUUUAUGUGAACUGUUUCAUUUUUGGAGUGACUCUUAUAACGAUGAUUUAUCGACACUUUGUCGAAGCUUCUCGUUGACUGUUGAUCAGUCCGCUCGUCAAUCUGCUUUGUUUGUUUUUUUUAUCCUUAUUGUCUAACGAGGCACAUAACUGAACAAAGUCUGAUGAACAGGGCAACAUUUCAGGGCAACAGUAGACAGGCAACACCUUCAGCAACUGGCAACAGAGUGACUGUAAUUAAAUGUUUUGAUGUGGUUCACACAGGAUAACAUGCAACGACACGUUUUUGCUUCCAUAUUUGUACUCGUGUGUUGUCAGAGGCAAAUUUUCUACGUUUGUAAUAAUUCAUACGUAGUUCUGUUUCUGUGUGAGCCUUGUCACGAACACUGUUGCCUGAUGUUGGGUCAAAGUUGCUCAACUUGUUGCCCUGUUGCAGAGGACAAACUGCAGCAGCCUGAUGUGGAAAUCCGUCCUUAUGUCCGACUUAUAAUCAGGUUUCCGUGGAGACGAUGAUGACAUGAAUGUAGAUUUAUGGAUCUAUGGAAGCACGGUGACGACAACAAAGAAAGUUUUAGUCGACUUUGUGUUUUCUUGUCAAAGCAGUGAAAGUAAAAGUCUCACAGUCCGUCCACUGAUGCAGUUUUUUUAUUUUUAAUUGUAUUUGUUGACGUGUGGAGCGGUGAUGUGUUACAUAAUAAAUGAUUUCUGUCUCCAUCUGUCAGGGUAGCAGCAAUAUUUCCCCUUUAAUUUAAUUAGAAUAAACCUGUUUGAACCUUCUUGCUCAUCUUUAACUUAAUUCAUAUCUCUCCCACCGCUGGGCAUUCAUCAGCCGAGUUACCAUGGCAACACUGUUGGAUGCUGCUGCACCGCUCCACGUCUCAGACCAGUCUCCUAAAAAGUUCUUUUUUUUAUGUCACUUUGCACUCCAAUGGUUUUUGGUGUGUGUGUGUGUGAGAGACAGAGAGAGAGUGUGUGUGUGUGUGUGUGUGUGUGUGUGUGUGUGUGUGUGUGUGUGUGUGUGUGUGUGUGGCCUCCACGUUAGAGAUGAAACUGUCCCCCGUCGGUGUGUCGGAUGUUCCUGGAUGAGACUGGCUGUCCUGACACUUCUUGUCUUCUCGGCUUUGUGUUUGUCUGCAAACUAUUGUACAGCUCAACUGUAUUUGAAUAAAACGUCAAAUUUA